GCUUCAUAGUUGCGGUUGGAUACGGAAGACGCUACUCUCUGUGCGAACUAUUGUCAUUAACGUCACAUCUCUGUGUCUCAAAGAUGAGUGGAAUUAAGCAAGAGUUGUAUCUAGACAACCGUUCGAGAUUUCAGGAAUUUGUUCUUUUUGGACUGAAGACUGCUUUUGGCAUCUAAUAUGUCAAUGAGUAAAAGUGCAAUGUCUAAUCCCAAGAACGAUCAGGGUCCCUCUGAGGAGGAUAUCCUUGCACAACAAAGUGCGAGUCAAGCUUCAAACUAUUUUGAGAAAUUUGACCGCUAUGACUGCCAGGAACUGUUGGCUCACUCGUCCACACACUGGAUGUUGUCCAAUGAGGACUUCCGGCUGCCAACAGACCCUCCCGUUGGACUCAUCACAAGUAUCAACCCUACAGGUUCAAAUCACAGUGUGAUUCUCUUCCCAGAAGAUGCAGACGUUGCUGAGAAUCAGCCUCUUGACUACCGGGAGCUGCACCAGAUUGUAAAAGAACUGACCUAUGGGAUAUUUGUUAUGCACCAGACUCCGCUCAUAGCUUUGGAGGCAAACUACGACAAAAGUACAUCUUGCCAGCUUCCUCCAGCCUAUCUGGACACUAAGGUGGGGCAGGUGCUGGUCAGUGUGGACUACAUGUUGAAAGCGCUAUGGCAUGGUGCUUACAUACCCAAAGAUAAACGGAUAAAGUUUUCUGAGCGAUGGCGAUCUAAUUUGGAUAUUGAUCCUAAUGGGAACCCUGAAACAAAGAAGCCACUUCUGACAGAGUUUACUAGUGCUGGUUUGAUGGACAUUACGAAAGAUCCGGACUAUUCCACAGCCUACGACAACCUUCCUGUAGAACAACCUGGCGACACAGACAUGAUUCAGGAGGGACGCUUCUUCAUGAGUCAUGUUGACGAGCUCACUAUGAGAAUGACAUUUUCCCAGAAUGCAGUCUCCCACCACAAGGACAUGUUCAUCGUGGAUGCUGACUGGGCAGUGUCGAGUAUUGUUAAACUGUUAGAUGAUCGCAUUGAUCACACGGGCUACGAGAGGAUUAAAACACGACUUCAGCUUCAUGAAGAAAUGAUCAAAACUGCAUUGCCAAACAAACUUGAGAUUAAACGACAAAUUGAACUCCUAAAGUUUAUUAGUUUCAUGACUCCAUUCCUGAUUGGCCUGAAGAAGAGGAUGCGGAUACCCAACAUCAACAGGUUGCUGCCUUCCAUGGCAGGGGAUGAGUGCCGCACGGAGAGAGACUUACCUCUGAUCCUUGGUCAAGAUUUCAAAUGCAAAAACUUCUCAUUUGGAAACCAUUAUUUUCAUCUUCAUGGAGGUAUUCUGUUUGACCUUGAGACCUCCCCGAUGGAGGAAGCUGGGAGGGAGUUCUCCAUGUGCUAUGAUGCUGCCAGGUCAGAGGCCUUGACGCAUCUCACCAAACUCCUGGAGCCAGACCAUGUGUACCCAGAGCACACUGCCACCACCAUGGCUGAGAUCAAUGGUAACAGAUACCACGUGGUGGCGAUCGAGCUGGAGACGUACUAUGGACAGAACCCACACAAGCCCCUGUGGGUUCGCUCCUACUCGGAAGCCAUUAGUGGACUGAAACCGAAGAAACUUCCCAUCAAUGACAUCAACCUCCAUGAACAGUUCAAGAAGUACUUUGGCUACAAGAAGGCCAUUAAGUAUAAGUCACCAGUGUCGGGACUGAAGACAGCCGCCCAGCGUGGCCUUGUCGCCAUGUUCAUGACACUGUGUCGCAAGAUGCCAGCAUCCCGCCUGGGGAAGCAGGACGAGCAUGGUUUGUCUCUCCUCCAUCACGCUGCGCUGAACAACCGACCCCAGGUCAUUGCCAUCCUCCUCCUUCAGUCCAUGGACGUCAAUGUCCGCCGGAACAACAUCCUGUCUACAGGAGAGACCGAAAGUGAAGGUAACCAUGGUGAUGCUGUUAGUCAGCAAGGGGUCAACGCUGAUCACCGCAACUAUCCACAAUCACUGCUGCUAAACAUGUGUAAUUAUCACCGUGUGGAUACACCCAAAUGUUGCUGUCUCUACCUCGGCCCGCCCCUACUCCCCCUGCCUCUCCCUUCCAUCCUCAUCCACCCCAAUCUACAUCUUUACACAGGUCCGACAGCUCUGCAUGUGGCUGCCCGGUGUGGGGCCCUUGACGCUGUAUCAUGUCUUCUGUCCAACUAUGCCAAUAUCCUGGCGACUGACCAAGAUGGCUGGGCCCCCAUUCAUCAUGCUGCCUUCUUUGACCAUGAAUCCAUCAUCAAACUGAUGAUACGCAAAAACACUGGGCUCCUCGAACUGACCACCAAGAAUGAGAUGCGGUCAUCCCCUCUUCUGCUGGCGGCAAGUUCUGGCGCCCUGUCAGCAGUGCAGUGUCUCAUCCUGCUCGGCUCUGACAUUACCAAGACGGACGGGGACAACAAUGGCAUGGUGAACCUGGCAGCACUGCGGUUCCACACCAACAUCCUGGAGUACCUGAUCGAGUGGAGCCACCCUGACGUCCCUGUGUGGGAGAUCCUUGUGGCCAUGUUGAACUCGGAGUCCUUGAUGAAGAAGGACAGUGCUGUGAAGUGUCUGGAGGUUCUGUCUACAUCCAAGGAGGAUCACUGGAAGGCCAUCUUGAAUGCAGGAGGCGUUCUGGCCCUAGUGAACUUGUUGAACCUGAAUAACGAGGAGGUUCAGUCGGUCGCUGCAUCAGUGCUGUGUAACAUCUCCGAACAAGAUGACAUCAGGCUGGCUCUCACCACUUCAAAUGCUGGACCAAUCCUCAUUCAGCUUCUCAGUUCCCCAGUGGACGAUAUCCAAUCACGAGCUGCCAUAAUUCUCUCUGACCUGGCAUGUGUCCAAGGCAACCAGGAAGUCAUUGCAGAGAAUGAUGGAAUUCCCCCUCUGGUGAAUCUCUUGGACUCGGAGUUGGAAGAUGUGCUGGUGAAUGCUGUGAACGCAAUCCGGGUGUUGUGUGUUCGGAACCCGCCCAACCAGACAGCUGUGGCAGAGUGUGGGGGCAUCGAGCCUCUCAUUGAGUUCCUGUCUGUUGACUCAGAGACUCUACAAGCAGCUACUGCUGCAGCCAUUGCUGCCAUGACAACGGGUCAUCAGGAGAACCAGGAUGCCAUCAUGGCCGAAAGAGCAGCUAAGCCGCUGGUGGAACUGAUCAAGCUGAACCGGAACGUGACAGUCCAGGUGAAGGCUGCGAGUGCGCUAGAGGCUCUGGCCGACAAUAACUCCGAGAGUCAGGCCGAGUUCCUAGCACUAGAUGCUCCUAAGGCACUGCUCCGGUUGCUGAAGAAUAUCAACAUAGAAGUUCGAGAGCAGGGAGCCUGUGCCUUGUGGGCGUUGGCCGGACAUACCAAGACUCAACAGAAGAACAUUGCACAGCGGAUCGGCAUACCACACAUCAUCCAGAUGCUCCUGGAGCCCACGGAGAAACUACUCUAUGUCGGAUGUAUGACAUCUAUUGCCUUGGGGAGAGAGAGUAUGGAGAAUCAGAAUGCCCUGGCUAAAGCUGAUGCAUUCCAGCAACUUGUCCGUCUGCUGCGCUCCAACAAGACGUCUGACCGGGUGCUGCUCAUGGUGAUCAAGGUGCUGGGAACACUCUGUGUCGGUGUGGCCAAUCGCAAUAAUAAGCUGACACAGCGAAAAAUCGCAGAGGAAGGAGGGAUCCCCAUCUUGGUCCAGAUCUUGCUGUCUCCUCCCACUGAAGAGAUCCAGGUGGAGGUUGCCCACUCACUGGCUUGUGUGGUGCUCAGUAACCAUGACAACCAGGAGAAGCUACAAGAUGAGCAAGGCUUCAAGUUUGACAUCCUCCUUGAUUUGCUGAAGUCCAGCUCAGAGGAGAUUCGCCUCAAGGCAGGCAUGGCUCUCACAACAUUUGCCUUCAACAACACGCCGCAGCAGUUUGCCAUCCGGGAGGCAGGAGGCAUCAAGUUCUCUGUGUUCGAACCUUUCAUCAAGUCAGAGGAUGAGUAUUACCAGUGUUCAGCAGCAUUCCAGAUCGUGGUUCUGGCUCGUGUCAUUGUCGAUCAAGACCAAGUCCUCCUCACAGCAAGAGGGAUAACUCAGUUGGUGAAGAAACUGACAUCAGAGGAUGAUAACACUGUUGUCAUAGCAGCCAGUCUGCUGUCCAGCCUUGCACACACACGCGCAGGCAUUCCUGACGCCAUGAUAACCACCGGUGCCAUAGAACUCCUUGUGGAACGUCUGUGGUCCAAGAAUGACCUUGUCCGCAAUGCAGUGGCUGUGGCCUUAGGGUACUUGACGUACAACAAGACGGCUGCCCGGGACCUCCUGUCCAAGUGUCGGCGAGAAGGGAUCUUGUACAAACAGCUCAUGGCUAAUAUUGGCAAUGAUCCUCGCAUUAGCCAGGAAUUUGUAGACGACUUCAGACGGGCCAAGAUUGUUGGGCUUCCCAGUCAAUGCCUGGAGAUAUCCAGCAUGGGCCUCCAUUCCCGAGCGUCCUCGCGGCCACGGACCACUCAGUCUGGCGGGCGGCUCAACUCACAAGGUGGCUACAACCGCAUCAAGUCAGCUCCUCCGUAUGUACAUCAGAGGAAGUCUGUGACCAGCGGUGCUGCUAAACCUGCAGACGAAUCUGGACGCAAAUCAACACUCUCAACACGUCCAUCAACCAGCUCUACUCGAAUCACCGAGAACAGUGGUAGUUUCAAAACACAACUUAAGUCAUGGAAAAAGAACUAGAAUCUACUCAGUCUUUGAAAUGCAACUUCAAAGUAUCGGAACUAUACCCUACUCUCCUGUCAACUAGCUUUACUCGUUGUACUCAAAGAGUGAUACCAUCAAGACACAACCUGAAGAUAUUGUAAGUAAGUUCCACGUGAUGUAUACUAGUGUGAUAAUGAUGGCCAGUCUAGAGCGUCGUAAGCUAUCUUCCCGGGGCAGAUGUGACUCUGCCUAUUGAGUUGAAAGAUGACUGUAGGCUAAUACUGUCAGUACUGGUUUGCCACUUUGUUCUGUGAUACUGAGGACAUUCUGAGGAACAUAUCGUGUCCUGUGAGACGUAUGUUGAAGUAAUCUUGCCAUAUGGACCCCCAGUACUGUUCACCAUGGUGACAUCUCAAUAGGUAAACAAAGCGCACCUGCCUACAUUACGAGCUGACUACUGACUCGGGACAGGUGUGGAGGUGGAUUACAGCGUCCCGAGCUGGAUAGGCCAUGUCUUGUGUCAUGUGACUAGCAACAGUUACAAACAUGAUGAACUUGUAGACUGGAGUAUGGAUUGUUCCUCCCCACAAUCAGCCAGCUGGGAGAUGCAGCAGGGUACAGCGAUGGUGUCAUGGUGGAGGGCGUGACAAUCAUUGUGGAUGGUGUCAUGGUGGAGGGCGUGACAUUCAUUGUGGAUGGCAUCAUGGUGGAGGGCAUGACAUUCAUUGUGGAUGGUGUCAUGGUGGAGGGCGUGACAUUCAUUGUGGAUGGCGUCAUGGUGGAGGGCGUGACAUUCAUUGUGGAUGGCGUCAUGGUGGAGGGCGUGACAUUCAUUGUGGAUGGUGUCAUGGU